AUGUCGUCGUUUGUUGCUCGAGCAACCGCGGCGUGCAUCCUGUUGGCCAUGGCCCUCAACGCCGCCGCCAAGCCACUGGACACCAGGGAGAUGAUUCAAGUGCCGGCCGGUACGAGUGAAACUUGGGAGUGGGACGUCGCGCUGUCAUCUCCUCCGAUCUUCCCUCUCGCCAAUGGCUCAUCCUUGAUUUGCUUGCGCUCGGAAUGGCCUGUCCUCCGAUGCAACGUUUGCGCGCCGUCUUUGAUCAUCGCAGCCAAAGACUUUGAGGUGGGGGCCGAUUUUAACAAUGCUCGGGACGGCGAAGCGCCGCCACGCAAGGCAAGUGUUCGUCCUGUCUCUUGUCACGAGCUUAGCACCAACACUGUCAACAACAGCGCGUUCCGCGCCUUUGUGCGUGCCACCAAGUACACAACCGAGGCUGAACAGUAUGGCUGGAGCUUUGUCUUCCAUCUGCUGGCCAGUGAUAGCGUACGCGCCGAGGUUACGGAGACCAUCAAGGGCUCCGAGUGGUGGCUGCCGGUGCCCCGCGCGUACUGGCGCAUGCCCUUUGGCAAAGGCUCAUCGAUCAAGGGGCGCAACGACUACCCCGUCACCCAAAUCAGUUGGAACGAUGCACGGGCCUUUUGCAAAUGGCGCGGCAUGAGGCUGCCGACUGAAGCCGAGUGGGAGCUUGCAGCGGGUGGCUCGAAGCAGUCCAAGCGCUACCCCUGGGGCCCUCGCGCCGGCCUCGACCACAUGAACGUCUGGCAGGGCAAAUUUCCCGACGUCAACACCAAGGCUGACGGGCACCUGGGUUUGGCGCCCGUGGAUGCAUAUGGUCCACAAACCGAUACGGGCUUUUACAACCUCCUGGGCAACGGCUGGGAAUGGGUGGACCAGGUCUACGAGGGCCAACCCGGCGAACCACCGAGCCAAGAGAAGCGGGUGGUGCUAAAGGGCGGCUCUUAUGUGGACAGCGUCGAUGGCCAAACCAACCACCCUGUUCGCGUGACCACCCGGAUGGGCAAUACCGUCGACAGCGCAUCAGACAACAUGUCAUUUCGGUGUGCCGUGUCGGCUGCCGCCGCUCAUGACGAGCUGUAG